AUGCUGAUAAAUGCGUACAUGGAUAUUAAGAGAAAACACAUUAAUUUUUUGUUCAAAUAUGUAAAUACCUCAGCUAAAGAUUACAAUUUUAAAAGGCCAUACUUUUUUGAAAGAUGCACAAAUUCAAAAUUACUAAAUCGUGGAGGUGUCAUGUUAAAAAACAACAGGGGUUCCCUUACUACAAACAUACAUUCAGCUCAAUUUGAAACGCUUGAAAUAAAAAGAAAUGAUUGUCAACAUACGGGUGAAAAAAUAAUCCAUACAAUAAACAGUUAUUUAAAAAGGGAUACAUGUAAAGCACCUCACCAAAUUGAUAUUACAAAUUACACACAUGAUGGGGUGGUGCACAACAAUAUAAUUAAGGGUAGGAUGAAAAGUCAAAGAUUCACAAGUCAAGCCACAAUAACACGAGAACAGGUAAUCACCAAUAGAAAUUCAAAUAAUAUCAUAAAUAUGAGAUUCAAGAAUAGAUAUUUCCAAAUAGAAGUACGGAAAGACAUGCACACAAUGAGAAAAAAAACGAAUGAGAAAAAAUGCAAACGAAACGGCAAUCCUAGCGAGAGCACUAGCGAAGCCAUAAUCGAAAAUGUAAAUCAAACUACUGAACACACAUGCCAGGAUGAAAAUAGUGCUAUACCUAAUGUUGGAAAAACACACUUUGAAGGAAAUCAAAUACACAUUCGAAACAUGGAAAACAUACAUUAUAGUGUAAAAAACGGUGGUCCUCCGAAAGGAAUUUUUUCCAUUUAUUCCAAAAAAAUGUCAAAAGUAUUUAAUAAUUUAUUCGAAAAACACCUAUUAUUAAUGAAUUGUGUGAUAGCGGGCACUUUGUAUUUCAUUGCAGAUAUAGCCUGUCAAAUGAUGGAAGCACAUAGUAAUAAUAAUGAAUAUGAUAUAUUAAGAACUCUUAGAAUGUCAACAAUUGGCCUUACCUUAGAGGGGCCACUAAUGACAUGGUGGUACGGGAAAAUUUUAGCCAAUUUUAUAAAAUCAAAACCAAAUACUUUUUUAUAUAAAUCAUUUAUACCUACCAUGUUUGAUAAUUUUAUUUUUGGACCAAUCCACUUAACCAUUUUUUUUUUUUAUAAUGGGAUGUUAAAAAAUCAAAGGAAGUCAGAAAUUAUUGACAAAAUUGCAAAUACUGGAAUGAAAGUUUUCUUCAUUUCUUUGAUGACUUGGACACCAUUAACAUUAAUUAAUUUUGUUUUUGUUCCCAGGAUUUAUCAAGCUACUGUUGUUUUUUUUGCCGAUUUUUUUUGGGUUAUUUUCCUUUCAUGGUGUGCCAACAGAAGUUGA